AUGAAAGCUGAAAGCCCCAUCCUCUCCCAUCCGUUUAUGGUCGACCGAGACGGCGACAAUGACGAUGACAAAAAGACAGAGACAGAGACAAUGGCAGAGACAGGCAUAAAAGACCAAGACAGCACGGCUAACAAUGCAGUAUACUAUCGGCGCUAUCACCAGGAUCAUCCGUCACGGUCCAGGGCCAACCAAUCACUUCUCCUCCCCGGGUCCAAAAUCAAAAUCAUAGAACCGGGGGUCAUGCCUGCACAGUCUACCGGCACGGGUAACGAGUGA